CGAAACCCUCCCUCCCUCCCUCUCCUCGACUCAGCGAUCCCCAAUCCCCCCAAAAUCCUUUGCCUUCCUCCUCCCCGAGCUCGAAUCCGCCGCUCCCCGCGAGGAAUCGGUGUAGCGGAGAGUCGAGAGAUCCGAUUCGGCGGGGGCGAUGGCGCUGGAGUGGGUGGUGCUCGGGUACGCGGCGGGGGCGGAGGCGAUCAUGCUGCUGCUGCUGACGCUGCCGGGGCUGGACGGGCUCCGGCGCGGGAUGAUCUCCGUGGUGCGGAGCGCGCUGAAGCCGAUGAUGUCGGUGGUGCCCUUCUGCCUCUUCCUGCUGAUGGACAUCUACUGGAAGUACGAGACGCGGCCCACCUGCGACGACGAGCACCACUGCACCCCCUCGGAGCACCUCCGCCACCAGAAGUCCAUCAUGAAGUCGCAGCGCAACGCGCUCCUCAUCGCCGCCGCGCUGCUCCUCUACUGGAUCCUCUUCUCCGUCACCUCCCUCGUCGUCAGGCUCGACCAGCUCCAGCAGCGCGUCGACAAGCUCAAGAAGCGCGACGACUGAUCUGGUCCUGUUACCUGAUUCGGCGCGGUCGACUGAUCGUACCGGUGGCUUCGCUCUUUCUCCCUACUCGUUUCUCCUCUUAGAUGCAUGCAUGUGACUGUUUUUUACUAUGGAUACUUGAGAUCGUGAUCCGGAUUUGAGCUUUCUAUUAUUUGCUUCAGAUCUAGUACGAGUAAAUUAAGCUCUUUUGUGUUACAAAGGUCAUGAUACAUCAAAUUCUCCAAAAAGAAAUGCUGUUGCAAUGUGCGAAUUUAGGUUAAUGAUAGCAGGAAUGCUUUAUCACGAA